GAGGAGAAGGAGGAGGAGCCGGACCUCGCCGGGGAGGACGGGACUACAACGCCCGGCGUCCUCCGGCUCGGGGCGGGCUCGCUUGUCCUUCGAUCGCCGGGCUUGAGGCUGAAUUGGGGAAGUGCGCGAGGGGCUGACUCCGGGUGAGGCGAGAGGCUCGGCUGGUGCGCGGGCGAGAGCCCGCUUCUGCGCUUUUGGAGAGGCAGUAAGAUGGCCGUUCGAAAUGUACUCGUGACAGGCUGCUCUUCCGGCAUAGGCCUCGCCCUGGCGGUGCGUCUGGCCAGAGACGAGUUGAAACGAUUCCGAGUCAUUGCCACCAUGAGGAAUUUGGAGAAGAGUCAAGAACUGGAGAAGCAUGCAGGGCCUGUGCUGGAGAAGACUCUGGAAAUCAAGGAGAUGGAUGUGACCAGUGCAGAAUCGAUCCGACGCUGUGUGGACACCAUCCCCCAGCGCAGGGUGGAUGUGCUUGUGAACAACGCUGGUUUAGGCAUGAUUGGACCGGUCGAAAGCCAGAGCAUGGCCUCAAUGCAGCAGCUCUUUGAUACCAAUUUCUUUGGCUUGGUGCGCCUUAUCCAAGAAGUCUUCCCUGGCAUGAAGCGCCGACGACAGGGACAUGUCGUCGUGAUGAGCAGCGUCCUGGGCUUGCAAGGUCUCCUCUUCAACGACAUCUACUGCGCCUCCAAAUUUGCUGUGGAAGGUUUCUGCGAGAGCUUGGCCCUGCAGGCCCUGAAAUUUGGGGUCAACAUCAGUUUAAUUGAGCCUGGGCCAGUGAUAACAGAAUUCGAGAGGAAGCUCUACGAAGAAGCAGCCAAUAUGGAUCUCUCUCUGGUGGAUAAGGAAACGCUGGAUAUAUUUCAGGGCUUCUACAUGGCCUAUUCCAAGGAAGUCUUUACUGCUCUGGGGCAAUCUCCAGAAGAGGUGGCUGAGCAUGCUAUGAAAGUGAUCACUUCAGAGAAGCCUCCGUUUCGGUACCAGACCAACAGCCUCUACACGCCCAUCACCACCCUCAAGCACGCUGACCCCAGUGGGAACUUGCCCCUCAACGCCUUCCAUCAGAUGAUCUUCCAGCACGACCGGCUCUUCAAAGCCAGCCUCAGCCUCCUCAAAAUGCUCCAGUGGAGGAAAAGGCGGGAUAUGGACCACAGCAGGUCCCCCUGAGAGGAAGCGGCUGCCCCGCCUCGGAGCCUCUCACUUCCACAGCCCACUCGCAGGCUUUCUAGAGAGUUUAGCAUUGAAUCCUGGGCGGCAUUAUACUCCCUAGAUGCCGGGGCAGCCCUACUAUGAGGCAAAGUGAGGCAGCCCUUGCCUCAGGCGGCAGAUUCUGGAUGUCUCACGGAGGCAAAUUCUGAUCCACUGGGUACCAUCUACUGGGGAGGUGACGCCCUCUGAUAUAGUUCACAUUGUUUUCGGUUUCGAUUCUGCUGCAUUCAUGUCAAUUAACGAGAGGAAGGUGCCAUUUAGUUCUGUAGGGUUUUGUUGCCGUCUUUGCCCUUGAGCACCAGAAUUCCUGAGCUGAGAGGUUAUGGGCUGCCGCUGAGAUCUUGCAAGUCUCCUCACAGAAGCGGGCAAGGAAACCCAGCCUUCUGCUGCAGAAGAGCGUCCCAACAUCUUGCAUUGGACCUGCCUCAGCAUCAUGUCCUCUCUGAACAUUUAAAAAUCUCAUUACCAGAAGUAGCCUGAAAUGUCAUCGAGUCUAACCUAGGCAAGCGGCAGGAUUUGGUUGGAUUAUGCAUUUUAUUUACGCUUUUCACAGGCUUGAAUUUUAAGGAUAAAAGAGAAAGGAGGCACCAAGCCUUCAUAGGCCAUUGAAUAACUUGGGAAAGGGCCAAUUAAUCCACCUUCUAUGUUCUAGUAGCCUAUGCUUUGUUCUCCACCAGGAUAGACAACAUGUCGCCCAUGUUGUCUGACUCCCAUCAGCCCC